GUUCCUGAAUUGGUCAGGGUUUUUCUUCCUCUUUUUUAGUGCAUAAAUUGUUUUUAGGUGCGUUUUUGAAUUUCAUAUAACCUUGACGGACGGCAAAUACCAUUAUUUAAUAAAAGAUGGAAGACCCAAAAGAACGGACGCGACAACAAGAAUUUCAAGAAUCGGUCAGAGGCUGGAUGAGACAGGGGGACCAAGCAAGAGUGCAGGAAACUGCAACAAAGAGAAGACAAACACAGAAAACCAAUGACUUCAGACAACUUGGAAAGAAGCCGAGAAGAAGUGGUGCCAGGCUGCAGGGGAGUGGAGCUACAGGAAUUGUGAGCCAAGGAGAUGUGAACUGGGAGACCUCAGUUGCCUGGAGAGAUCCAGGGGCAGGUGUCAAGGUGGCAACGGUCAGAACAUCACUGAGAAAGAAACCCCUAACUGCAUCCCAAAAAAGGAGGAAGAUCAGCCCUUCUGGAUUUAGGGGGAAAGGCAAGCUGAAACUCUCUAUCACACCUGAGAAUGGUCUGCUAUUCAUUCAUGUUAUAGAGGCAAGAGGGCUCAUGGCAAAGGAGUUCAGGACAUGUAACUCCUAUGUGAAGAUGGUGAUUGUACCUGACAGUGGCCCCAGUAAUCGUCAAAAAACAAAAAUGGUUCCUGACUGCAAGAAUCCAGUUUUUCACAAAACCUUUGUAUUCCAAGCUGGGCCUGACCAUCAUGACAGGAGGCUCUUGGUUACUGUUUGGAAUCACAAUCGAACUUCAAGGAGGAGUGAGUUCUUGGGCUGCAUGAGUUUCGGCAUACACUCUCUUAUCACUUUGACCAAGGAGAUCAGUGGUUGGUACUACUUACUAGGGGAAGAACUGGGUAAAACCAAGCACCUGAAAGUGGCUUCACGGCGUCUGAAACCUACCUCUGGAAAAAAGUAA